CACACAGUUUAGGAGCUCGCAGCCUGUGAUGCUCUCUGUGCUUUUACUGCAUUACCGAUUCCCUUGUCGCCGGCUGCGAGGAGGGGAGUAUCCCGGGCAAGUGGGGGAGUGACCAACCCGGGAUUUCCAAACUGAAAAACGCAAUAACGUCAGAGAGAGGGUGAGAGGGAGAGAGGGAGAGAGGGAGAGAGAGAGAGAGAGAGAGAGAGAGAGAGCGCUCCGCAGUGAAACAGUCGGAGUAUCCCUCCAGUCUGUAAACAGAGUCCGAGCAGGAAAGCCCCAUUUGUGUCUCACUCUCUCUCAUCGCUGCAUCACUUUGCCAAAAGAAAACCCAUAAAAGCUGCAUCAAAGCGCUGACUUAAAAAUCUAAAUCGCUCCCUCUCUCUUUCUCUCUGUGCCUCUUUGCGCUUCUUGUUUUUGCGCUGAAAAGGCGACUGAGGGCAGGAAGCCCGGCGGCAGCAGCAGCAUGGAGCGGCCACCUCGGAGCCCCUGCAGGAGGCAGCAGCAGCGGCUGUCGGAGCCGUGCAGCUCCGCUGCGACGGUGCAGCGACCCGGGUCCGGGACCGUCGGGGGCGGCGGCGCGGGGUCGAGCCCCUCGCUUCACAAGCCAGCCCGUGGCAAGCGGCCCCUGGAGGGGGUCCUGAGGAAGUACACGAACCCGCUCCAGGGCUGGCAGAGCAGAUAUUUCGUACUGGAUCCAGAGGUUGGCCAGCUCCAAUAUCAUCUGAAUGAACUCAGUAAAGGCCAGCGACCUCCCAGAGGAUCUGUGCCUCUUCUUGGAGCAAUGGUGGUCUCCUGCGACGAGUAUCCCUACAUGUUCAUGAUUCGAUCCACUUCUGGGGACGCCUACAAACUAAGAGCGAGAGACGCCCAGGAGCAAGAGUUGUGGAUGACUCAGCUCCAGCUGUGUACCCGACGCCACUCCGAAAGCAGCGCCAAGGUGAUGAUCCAGGCCGACGAUCCGCAGAAGAGCCUGGUCAACUCCAUCGAGUCCCUACCCCCACGAGUCGGACCCCUAUCUUCUCUGGACGAGGACCUACUCAUUUUUAAAGCCACCUCUGCAGCAACUCUGAGUUGCCUGGGGGAGUGCCUCAGUAUGCUUCAGCACAAUGUUGUCCAGGCCCUCAACCAGAACCAGAACCAGAACCAAAACCACGCCCCCAGUGCGAGCCUCAGCCCCGGUUCGGCUGCUUUGAGCGAGACGCGCGGUCAGCGCUGCAGCUCCGGUGUGAACCAGGUGGAGCCCGGUGGCCUCAGGUCCAGCAGCCAAGGCUCCACCCACAGCUUCCGCGAGAGUCCCAAAGACGGCAGCAACAGUGGGACGCGAGCCGGCGUCCACAACCACGUCCAGAGCCAGAGUCCGGGCCGUGAACACGCAGAUAGUACCGCCGGAUGGUCCAGGUCUCUUGCUGUGAAGCAGGUGAAUAAUGGCGUCCAAACGCCUCUCUCCUCCUCUACCCGGCCUUCUUCCACACCAACACACAAGGACCCCUCUGAGGGACAGCAGCAGGGCCAAACCAGCACCCCAGAAACCCUGGACCCCUGCGACGAGGUCACAGACACGGAUGACAAUGAGGAGGAAGACCUGGGAGUUCUGGAUGACCAGAGGAGCAUCAUGCUUCACCUGCUGUCCCAGCUGAAACUUGGCAUGGACCUCACUCGUGUUGUGCUGCCUACUUUCAUCCUGGAGAAGCGCUCCCUGUUGGAGAUGUACGCCAACUUCAUGGCUCACCCAGACAUGUUCCUUUCCAUCACCUCCGGCUGCACGUCAGAGGAGCGCAUUGUCCGCUUCGUGGAGUACUACCUGACGGCCUUCCACGAGGGCCGGAAGGGCGCCGUGGCCAAGAAGCCCUACAACCCAAUCCUGGGUGAGAACUUCCACUGUUCCUGGUACGUGCCCCGGGACCGCGUUCGACCUCUCAGGACCGCCAACUUUACCGCGGCCAACUCGGCGCCCACGGCCGCCUGCACCCUCCCCGGGCCCCCCUCACAACAGAGGGGGGCCGACGCCAGCCGCAGGACAAACUCAGAUUGCUACUGCGUUCGCUUCGUGGCGGAGCAGGUGUCCCACCACCCACCUGUGUCGGGCUUCUACUGCGAGUGCAAGGAGAAGAGGAUGUGCGUCAACACUCAUGUCUGGACCAAGAGCAAGUUCCUGGGCAUGUCUGUCGGAGUGUCCAUGGUCGGAGAAGGUGUGCUGUAUUUGCUGGAGCACGAUGAGGAGUAUGUGUUCACUCUGCCCUGUGCCUACGCCCGCUCCAUCCUGACGGUGCCGUGGGUGGAGCUUGGGGGAAAGGUCACUAUCAACUGUGCCAAAAGUGGGUACUCUGCCACUGUCACUUUCCACACCAAACCCUUCUACGGAGGAAAAGUACACAGAGUAACAGCAGAGGUGAAGCACAACCAGACAGGCAGCGUGGUGUGCAAGGCCCAGGGGGAGUGGAACGGGGUCCUGGAGUUCACCUACAGCAACGGGGAAACCAAGACCAUUGAUACCUCCAAGCAGCCGAUCAUCAAGAAGAAGAUCCUUCCCCCAGAGAAGCAGGGCCAGUACGAGUCACGGCGUCUUUGGCAGCACGUCACAGCGUCCCUGAAGGCGGGAAAUAUGGACGCAGCCACAGAACACAAACACCGCCUGGAGGAGAGGCAGCGUAAGGAGGGCAAACAGAGAGCUGCCACCAAAACCCCCUGGAAACCCAAAUAUUUCAUUAAAGAGGGCGAAGGCUGGGUGUACCACAACCCUCUGUGGAAAGCUCACUGACCAGAGGCCUCUGAAGCAGCUGUCCAAUCCCAGCCGACAGGAGAGCGAUGGAGCCCGAGGGCUGGCCGACA